AUGAGUUCUGACGAAGAAUAGGAUAAUUCAAAUGAAGAUUAGAUCAUCAAUUUAAUUUCUGUCUUGCAACAGAAAAGUAAUUGGUAAUGAAUAUAAGGUUAGUAAAAACAAAACGAACAAAUAAUGGUUUGAUGAAAACCAAUAGAAUAAGUGAAUCAGAGAACUGGAAUGAGAUAAGAGAAACUUAAAAGGAAAAACAGUAGAUAAAAAAUUUUGGUAAUUCCAAUGAAUUUAGUUUGCAAAGAGAAUAAUCAAAGCACUCUAGUUUAUCAGAGAAUUUGAGUGAUUUCACAGUGAGAACUGAUAAACCUGUAAAAGAAUCUUAAUAGAAAACUUAAGAAGCCUAAGUUCCUGAGAAUAAUUAUAAAGUAAAUGAAUUUAUUAAUUUAAGUUGGAAUUGAAAUAGAAGAUGGACUAUUUACUAAAUCAAAGGGAGAAGGAUUAGGAGAUGUUGGAGUAGAUUAAUGCAGGGUUAAUGUUUCNAUAUCAUUUUCUACAAAUACUAUGA